ACACACAUCAUAUAUAAAUAUAAAUAUAUAUGAUAUACACCUGAAACGUGCCAGUCGGGAACAUCAGGCAAGCUGCAGCAGCGCGGCGGCGAGCAGCAGCUGAGGCGGAGGCGGAGGAGGCGCAGCUGCAAGAAUCGGCAGGAGGAAGCAGCGCUGGAGCCGAGGGAGGCCCGGGCGGCCCAGCGGGGCAGCGGCUCGAGCGCCGGCGCCGGGUCGAGUAGUGGUUAUAGCGGUUUAGGUGGUGGUGUAGGUGGCCGGGCUAGCAGCAGCGGCGGUGGUGGCAGUAGUAGCAACGCGAGUAGUGGCGGCAGCGCCGCUAGCAUGCAAUGCGGCCUCUGCGCCGUCGUCGCGGGCCUAUUCCGUAGGGCCAUGUGCAUAGCGGGCAGCCGCCGGGGCUCCGGUGAGUCGAGCACUUGCUACCAGGAGCUGCCUCCGCCCCCUCCGCUCGUCUCGUGCACCUCCUCCGAGUCUCGUGGACCGGCCAAAGACCACCACCAGCAGAGGCAAUCGUCCGAGGCGAUGGUGGACUGCAGCCGCGAGCAGAGCGCCGCUCUCAUGCUACGGAUAUCCGAAGAGACAAAGGACCCGGACGCCCUGGCGCUGCAGCCCAACGGCAGCCGGAAAAAGUCGCUCGGCAAGCUGGACGAGCUCGAGCGGCUGCUUCUGUCGAAGCUCGACGCGAGCCAACCCCAGCAGCAACAGCAGCAGCCCAGGUCGAAGCACACGGGCCGCUUCCUCACAAUGCACAAGCGGAGGCGCAAGCGACUGGUCACGCGCUCUCUCGACCAGGAUCCCGCACUCCUCGAUGACGUCUCCCACGGCCAAGUCCAGUGCGUCCUGCAGAGGGUGGCCAAUUGGAAUUUCAACGCCUUCACACUCGAGAAUGCGACCGGAGGUCGUUCCCUUUCGGUCGUGUGCGUUCAUCUCUUCCACUGGUACGGACUCCUCGAGCACUUCAAUUUGGACGUCGUGCGAGUCUGGAAACUGUUCACUCUUAUCGAAGAGGGCUAUCACAGUACAAAUCCUUAUCACAACAGCAUUCACGCGGCGGACGUAACGCAAGCGAUGCACUGUUUUCUUCAAGUGGAACAGAUAAGAAGACACCUGAGCUACAUGGAAAUUAUGGCUUCGCUGAUAGCCGCCGUGACGCACGACCUCGACCAUCCUGGCGUCAACCAGCCGUUCCUAGUUGCCACGAGGAAUCAUCUAGCUGCUCUCUAUGGGAACAAAUCCGUGCUGGAGAACCACCACUGGAGAUCGGCGGUCUGCUGCCUCCUGGAGAGCGGCGUCCUCGAGCAGCUGCCCGACAGCGUCAAGCCCGAGCUCCAGCAGCACAUAAGCUCUCUGAUCCUCGCGACCGACAUAACGCGCCAGCAGGAGUUUCUUGCGCGCUUGAGGCGCUACCUCGACGACCGGGAGCUCGACAUGCAACGGCCCGAGCACCGUCACUUCAUCCUCCAGAUAGCCCUCAAGUGCGCCGACAUAUCCAACCCCUGCCGGCCCUGGGAUAUAUCGCGCAAGUGGGCCUACAAGGUCUGCGAGGAGUUCUUCCGACAGGGCGACUACGAGCGCCAGCUCAGUCUACCCAUCACCCCUAGCUGCGACAGGCACAUCACCAGCAUACCCAAGAUUCAAGUGGGCUUCUUUAAAUUCGUGGUACUGCCGCUGUACGAGGAGUGGCAUCGUUUCCUCAACGACUCCUUCAGUCACACGCUCAUGAAAAACCUGCACGAAAACGAGUGCCACUGGGAGACCCUCCUACAGGAGGAGCUCGCCGUCAUAGCAGCCGAGCAGCAACAGCAUCAUCAUCAUCAUCAUCAGAUCGAGCCUCAAGCCGAGGUUACGGUAGUGCACGACGCGUCCGAGUGCACGACGGAGGACGACUCGGUUAGUUUGGAGCUGUCGGCGACGGUAGGAUUGGCGCCACCACAGCACUCCGACGGCCGACGGCAUUCGGUGCCCCUGGGUGUCUCUCGAAGCAUGACCCUGGCGCCCCGACCGACCACCGGGAGGCGGGAGAGCUUGCCCGGAGCCGCGUCCCUCGUGCCCUCGAGGAUUUCAUCGCGAAGCAGCCUGCAGCGCUCGGAUGUCUCGCCUAGCGGAGCCGGGCUCAAUAGUUUGUCGAUGUCGCUGGCAGUUCCCGAGCGUCCCGUCAGCGCCGAGAAUCUCCUGCCCGACACGAGCAUCGCCAGCAUAGCCAACAGCCUCGAAGCCUCCAAGCUCAGCAGCCUCGUCCAGCAACAACAGCAGCUGAAUUGGGAGCAGCAGCUAAUCGAGCAGCAGCCGGUGGCAGCGCGCCAGGGGACGCUGACGCGCCAGCAGACCUUCCCUCCGGUGCAGCCGUUCUCGCGUAUGCGCUACAUGUCGACCACGGCCGAGAUGUCGCAGUGCUGUCCGGAAGUGCUGCUGGAGGCCGACAGUUCGUCGUCGCGCUCGACCUCGCCUGCGCCCACGGCCCCGAGUCCCGAUCCUCCACCCGGACGGCUAGGUUGCUCGAGUUCCACCUCAACGGGUCAGGGUUGCGCUACCCUUGGAGCCGAGCUGCGGCGACACUCAACGCCCGCACAGACCAAGAGCCGCAGCGUGGCCCCCGGGACGGGUCGUCGCUUCACCACAAUCCCCCUGACCCAGGAGGCCCAAAAGUCCGACAGCCACAAGGUCUUCUUCAUCGGUAGUCCACCCGACUCGCCGCCGAGGCACACGAGCGCCACGCCGUCCAGCGACAGUGGCAGUGGCAGCGUUUCCGGCGAGCCCAGGAAGAGCGUCGAUAGCGUCAGCCUGCCCGGAAAUAAGCGUGACUACUCCGACACGGGCCGCGAGAAGAGCUCCAAGAUACUCAAGCUCAUGAAGGAGAACGUCGAUCCUCGCGUGGCCGACGAUUUGGCCAAAGGCUCGCACGUCCUUUCGAAUCGACGCUCCAGCAAUCAGGGAUUGGCGCGAAGAAGAGGCUCAGCGCCGGUGGGACUGAUGGCCAAGCUGGACGAUUUGUCGACUACGAAAGCCAUCGAUCCUUGCUCCAGGAGAGGCUCCGUUCCUGCCGACAUAACCGCUCAUCCAAAUGGAGGAGUUAAUCGUGUUGGGCUGAGCAUUCGCACCGAAAAGUUGUCAAACAAUAAGAGACGUUCUAGCCUGCCGCACGAAACGGCCCUUGGCAAUCUACUUGGCAAUCUAGUUCAGCUAGCAGCCGAGCGCGAGAAUUACAACAAUAACAACAACAGCAACAACAACAAUAAUAACAAUAACAAUACUGGUAGCAACAAUAAUGGCUUCUCGCGGCUGAGUGUUGAGGUGGCUCUAGGCUCGACGCCCGGAGCGAUACUGAACGCACGUCGGGGUUCGGUGCCCGCCGACAUAUCGGAGCUAAGGCGCGACCUCUUCGGCCGAUCUAGCUUCACCGGAGGCAACGGCAAGUCUCGCAACACGAGGAGCAGCAAGAAAUUGCUGCGCAGGCGGAGCAGUGGUGGCCCCGAAAUGUUUGCCAGCGGCGCAGAUGGCAACGAUAACGGGGCCAUAUGGCCCAGCAGUCGUGGCAAGCGCGACUUUAUCAAGAGGGAGGAGCCGGUACCGCUGUUGGCCAAACGUCGGGGAUCCUUGCCCGUUGAGAUGCUCGCGCUCUCGUUCACCGGCAGAUACAUACACAGAUAGGACCAAACCAUGCGCGGGCUUGUCUAAGAGCCGAGCUACGCGCAGUACCAGUCAGAACUGAGGCGCGACUCGCUCGCACGUUUUAUCGAUAUCCUGGACACCCCGUCGCUGUUACCGUCUUUGGAAUCCCAGAUACCCGUUAACUUACCGAAUUGUGUAUUUUGUUGAAUUUUUUCUAACUUUUUUUUUUUUUUUUUUUUUUUGUUUCUUUUUUAUCCGUGUUUGCGCCGUCUGGUUCGGUCAAGUGUACAUAUAUUAUUAAGCGUAUUGCCCUAAAACGUAAACUCAUGAUAUCGAAGUUUCGUUGCAUUAUUUAAUAAUUAAAUUGUAAUUGCACUAGGAAAAAUUUUCUCACCCCAGCGAUCAUCAAGCGCGCGUCAUUUGAUUCAUUUAUUUCACCGUUUAUUGAUUAUUAUGUUUACUUGUAUUUUUAUUUAUUUAUAUGAUAAUGUUUCAAAUUGACAAGAUAUAUUUUUUUUUUUUUAUAUAAUAUGUAUACUGUUUUUCCAAUUGUAUUAUGCAACGAUGAACCGUGCAUAUUCUUACAUUAUUAAUUGAACGCACAAGUUACUACUUAUUAAUGAGACCAUGUUUUUUUGACAUUUCAUUGAUAAGUAAUGCUUAAUGUCGAAAAGUUGUUAAGACUUGAUUUUAUUAAUGCGUAAAAAUAUUAAGUUCCCGAAUUUCAUGAAUUAACAAUAAAAUAAAAAUAAAGUAAUUUUUUUUUCUCUUGCAUUCACAUAUCUAUUUGUUCAGUUUUUAUUCUCAAUGAUACUGUUACAAAAUGUAAUUUUAAUUACGGCGAGUGCGCUCAUUUUAACAGAUCCCAAGCAAGAUGAAACGUUGCAGACUGUUGUUUAUAAAUGGCUCCCUUAGAAAAAGGCUGGACUACAACUUAUUUGUGUAGAUAAGGAAAACAAGUAAUAUUACUUUAAGAUUCUCUGGAUUUUCUCGGACAGCAGCACGGGCUGGUCAACACAUCACGGUAGAUCUGCAGGGCAUCUCUAAAAAAUCAACUGUGGAAACGUUUUUUAUUUGAUGGUAAACGCAAAGAUUAACCAAUUAACAUUAGUAUAUGAUUUGCAAAGGGAUAAAAGAGCAUGUUGUUGCAUAAAUAUGUGCUUUCGUGCAUAUUGCAAGUUUGCCAUGAAAUCGUAAAUCAUUCGAGUUUUUAUAGAGUACGAAUCAUGCGUUUUUUCGCUCAAAUCUCAAGUAUAAAGUUUGUAUGCGCAAAGAGCUUUUAUGUGUAUGCAUGGACGCAUUUAUGUGUUAAUCGUUUAAAUGAAAAAUAAAAAAAAAAUCCUUGGUGUCUUUAUUCCUCUUCACGAACGUUGAACAGUAUAUUGUUGUACGGAUGAGGCUCUACAAGUCUUCCCACUUUAAAUUUUACAAAGUGGUCACGAAAAUGUGCAAUAAGCUCACGCCAAAUUCACGUGUGCCAUAUUUAUGUGUUAAUUCCUUCAAUUGUCGCUCUUAACUUUUGGUUACAUUUUCGCUUCGGGUAGAUAAAUUCGUACAAUUGAUUAAAAAAAUUCAAACUUAACACAGGGUUGAUCAAUACAGUUACAAAAUAUAAUAAAUAAUAUAUACUUGUAGGCACCAAGAAAGAACAAGACUGGUAAAAGCACACUGGGCUAUAUUAUAUAUAUUAUAAUGCCAAAGUCGAUGCGAUCGGAUGAAAUUUAAUAAUCAUUUAAAGUAAUGAAAAAUCGAAUAAUUCUGUAUUACGCAAAGCUAAUCAGGACAAUUAGAUUCUACCUAAUCUUGUAAUUGUAUAAUUUAGUCCUUUUAAGUGAAGAAUGUGUAUGAGUGAAAAAAUAAAAUAUUUUAACGUAUUUAUGGUUUGAUUAACAAAAAAGUAAAAUUUGUCCAAUCAAAGAGUAAAAUUCAAAUUUUUCGGUUUGCCAAUCAAAGUAAAAUCGAUAAAACGAAUUUUCGAUUCUAGUCGGUGAAUUUUCUGACGGCGGUGUCUUGAAUUUAUAAAUAAAUUUUUUUAUAUUCAAUGUACGUAUUCAAAAUCAAAAUAAAUCUCGUAAAUAUAAUAAGCCCAAGUACAAAAAGAACAUAGCUAUACCAAUUUAAACUCAACAUGAAAAAAAUUCGUUUGGGUCGCUGCAAUUACAAUUCCGUACUUGAUUAAAUAGCAUAUACACACGUAUUGUAGAAAUCGGGGUACGUAUGUCGUAUACAUACGUUGAAAAAGAAAUGGAAACUGCCGCAUGCAAGAGCCAGCUACGUAAGUUUUAAAAUGAGAAAAAAGUAUCGAUGAUUUUUUUAAAUUUAUAUACAGGACAUAUAUUUAGGUAUACAUCAAUUUAUAUAUUUAGGUCAACGAUAAGCUUUAUUGUAAAUUUAAACUCGUAAAUUUUU